CCGGUGUUAAGCGUCCCCACCACAGUCAGUCAGCAGUCAAGCACAACGCCAUUAAGAAAAUAUUUUCCAAUAUAAUCAUGGAUGAUCUGAUUGAGUGUGGCGUGCAGUCAGACAGCGAUAUUGUUCACUUCUUGAAAAAACGUUUUAUAGAACAGAAGUAUUACACGGAAGUUGGUGAUGUGUUAGUGACCGUGAAUCCUUGGAAGUCCUUAGUCACUCUUCAAAAUGAAGUCUUUGACUAUUUAGCUAGGAGCCGACAAAGUCAAGAAAUAUUUUUACCCAUCCAUCCUUGUAGCGUUGCUGAGAGAGCUAUAAGAAAUGGCGUGAACGCAGUUAUUGUUCCUCUUGGUGAAAGUGGCUCUGGAAAAUCUUGGAAUAUAGAAAGUAUUUUUCAUUAUGUUGUACAGCGAAAACACUGUGAACGACUGACUAAAGAUAGUAUUUCUGGAAUUAUAGAAGUACUUCAUUUAUUUUGCAAUGCCAAAACGUUAAUAUGCAACAGUUCAACACGAUGCAUAAAAAUUUAUGAUUUUUGGUUGAACAAAAAAGAUCGCGGACUACUUGGAGUGAAUGUUCAAGUUAGUCUGUUGGACAAAUUACGAGUCGUUGGUCAAAUUCAAAAUGAAGGAAACUUUCAUAUAUUUUAUCACGUUUUGAACUCCCUCACUCCGAAUCAAUUGCGGCAAUUUUUAUUGCAUGGCAACACGCACAGGUAUUUAUCGUCAUUUGCUUUUCAAAACUACACAGGAGGAGCAGCAAUUUUGUCAUCGCUAAAAUGUCUUCAAAAAAUAGGACUUAGUGAAAAGGAGAUAGUUGACAUAAUGCAUAUUGUCAUUGCUAUCAUUCUUCUUGGAGAUCUACAGUUCUGUGAAUCAUCUAAACGGGAUGUGAUGGCGUUUCGUAAUGGUAACGUACUUGAAACAGCUGCGUCAUUAUUGGGUAUUUCUGCUGCAACUUUAGCUGAUCUCAUUACAACUAAAUCAAAAACAGUCAAAGGGCAAAAGAUAAAAAUGGCCGCUCUAUGUUCUCAAGCUAUGUACGAAUGUGAUAGACUCGCUGUUUUCAUAUACGAGUCUUUGCUCAUGUCAUUGGUUGCAAAAAUUAAUUCGAGAUUUUACUAUGAUACAAGGGUUGAAUCCUACUUCUCUCUUGUUCUACUCGAUGUAUUUGGAUGGGAAAAUUACAGUAUCUGCUCAUAUGAUCAACUGUGUAUAAAUUCAGUUAAUGAAAUAUUGCACACCUGUUAUAAUGCCAUCGUAUUUACUGCUUACGAGGAAAAUCUAAAAAAUGAAAAUAUUUUACUGAAUGAAUCGUCUUCAAAGUUUGACCAUCCCGGAGCGGUCACUAUGUUGUUCAAACCCAAAGGUUUAUUUGAUGUGCUACACAGCAAUGUCGACAGGAACGAUUACAAUUUGCUGAAGAAAUUUAAUGGUUCCCUUAAAAAAGAAGCGCGAUAUUUUGAAAAUCCUAAAAAAGAAAGCUCUAGAUUUUCUAUCCUACAUUUCAUCGGAGAGGUGUUCUAUGAUGUCAUUGGUUUCACUUCGCGCUCUAGGAGUUGGACAAAUGAGAAUUUAUUGUUAAAUUUAAGGGCUUCUAGAAAUCCUGUUUUGUCUAUAAUUAUGAUGGAAAGAAGUGCAAGGUUUUUAAAAGAGAAUCAACAUUUAGAAAAAACAUACAUGAGUCAGACAUUAAGGGGAUUUUCAAACAUUGAAAAAAAUCUGUUGAAAACACGCACCUUUUUAACAGAAUGCAUAAAAGACAAACAGAAUCUUGCAAGUUUAAAACAGUCCAAUCCAGCAUCUUUUAUGUUAAGCUUAACUGGGAUAUUAAAUCGUUUGUUGUCAUCGAAAGCUUACUUUAUAAGAUGCAUCAAAAGUAAUCUUAAAAUGAUAAAGGAAAAUUUUGAUGAAGAAAGGGUUUUACGCCAAGUUCAAUGGAGUAAUCUUUUGGGCAUUGUAAAAACGCGACCAUUUUUUAUUAAAAUAUCGUUAUCGAUGUCUGAGUUUUUAGACAGGUACAAGCUUCUCUUUUUUUCACCGUUGCAAGUUGUUUCGGCAUCUUCAGAUCUCAUAAAUAAUUUAUUGCGCAGUAAAUUUCGUAAUGGGAUCCAUUAUAAUGUUGGAAUAUCGAAGGUAUUCCUGUCAAAAAACCUUUUUAAUCAGUUGGAAGACAUGCUUAAAAGUCGAAUACAACAAAUAAUUCGUAUUCAAAAAGUUUUUCGUGGAUAUUUGGGAAGAAAAAGAUACAAACAUUUGUUGGAAAUAAAAAAGAAAUAUGAUGAACAAUGUUCAUUAUUUCUUUCUCAGAUUUAUAAAGAAAUCUGCAAAUUUCACGAACAUCUUUCGUUACAAAUAUCUGAAGAUCAAAGAGAAAUAAAAGAAAACAAAACAAUGGCUGGUGAAAAUAGAAAUCCUUUACAUGAAAAUAAAUCUUCUAGCUCUGGUCGUUGUGCUAAAAAAUUUUCAAUAAGCGAGGUGAUUACGGAGGAAACAUGGAAAACUCCAAUUUGGUGUAAUAUUCGUUGUUUUCAACGAAGUAAACAACAGGGAGUCUUUCCAAUUUCAGUCAGCAAAAUAACUAUUGACAACAGUGAUCAGAUGUUCAGUUCUGAUAGAAUUAGUUUCAAUUCAUUUCCAAGCGACGAUGAAAAGAUACAAAAAGUAAAAUCUUGUAUUGGAAAGGGCGUUGAACUUUAUCUUUCUGAUGACAAUAGUCUGUUAGCUGUAAGAUUGUGUAAAAAUGCAAUCUUUGUUAAGGGUCAUUUUUGUGGAGAAGAACUACGUGAAAGUUCUGGCGAAUUACCCAAGAAGAAAGAGUCCAUUGUAUUUGAUUUCAAAAAAUUUGUGGAGAAAGUCAGUCAUGUUUGUCAUCCAGUGAGAAUAAACGACGUUACCGAGGAAAAAUGUUUAUCAUUGUGCAUUGUUCAUCUAUGCUUUGUCAAAGAUAGUGCAAAUGAUGAAGAUACACCUUGUUGGGUCGAAAUUGAACUAAGUAGAGCGGAAGCUUAUCUAAAACAGGCUUGCUUGUUGUCGUUCAAAAAACGAAGGGAAGUUCAGGAUGAGACUCAGCAACCAAAGUCGAGAAAUGACUCGAAGAUCGAUUUAACAUCUGAAAAAAUACUGAAAGAUAUUCGACCUUCUCGUCCUGUCGAUACAACAAAUUUAUCACGCAAAGCUUGGGCGAGAAAACGUGUUGUCAGCAAUCCAUUCUUGUAUGGGGAUGAUUCAUUCAAGGAAAAAAGCGACGAUUCUGUGUGUUCUCCUGCAAAUACUUGUGAUGAUGAUUUAUUUCAUGACUCUUCAACAAACAUCGAUGAAAGUGAAAAUAUAAAGAACUACCCACGUAGUAAAAGUGUUUCUUUUUUUAACAAACCAAGGCAUGUUGAAUAUGAUCGUAGAUUGUCGAUGACGACGACAAUACCAAAAAGAGAUGAAGAUGUCACAGAAGGAAAUGUCAGCAAGAAAUAGAAAAGUUUCUUCAAAACAUCUUUAAGAGAGGAACACAUUCAUUAAUGACUUUCGUUGCACCAAACUUCUGCACGUCUAGACUUUAAAUUUAAAAAAAAUCAUUUUCUCUUUUUUAUAGCUAUAGGCGCACAAAGAAAAAAUGACUGCAAUGACGUUUUUUAUUUUCUUGAGUGUUCCAGAGUAUGGGAAAUUUUACGACAUUACUUGCACCAUAAAUUAAUUUGUAAAUGCACAGAGAGUUAGACAUGCUUGUAACAUUCUGCCAUUCGUUUUCUCUGCAAACUUCUUGGAAUGUUGAGGGCAAUUUAAAAGCUUUCAGGGAAAUAUGUUGGCGAACAAUUAGCCAAGGCAAAGACUAAUGUAUAUUAAAACAAGUUGAUAAGAA